GUUUCUGAAGAUCGAUCGCCCAGCUUGAAAGUUAUGUAAUCGAGAUUUGGAGCACAGAUCGCAGUGUGGAUGAAAUUACAAUUUCUUCAUUUCCACUUUCUUGGCCUUAAGAUGGUUCAAAUUACUCUAAUUUCAACUUUCAAGAGGCAUAAGGGCAUAGACGGAAGCCACAAUACAGUUGUUUCUUCAGUCUGUUUUUCACUGUAUGACCUUUCUUAAACUGGGAAAGAAACAGACAAGAACCAGCGUAUCAUCUUCUGCCAUUCAAUCUGCACAAAUGGACGUAUCAAGUUCGUUAACAGGGGAUGAUGAUUCUACUACUCUGGGGUCAAAUGAUCAGGCUCACCUACAGGUUAAAGGGCCACAUGGAAGAAAACCUCUUAUACUUCCCGAUAGCGAUAUAGAUGGUUUAUUGGAGUGUCCUGUGUGUAGUAAUUCAAUGUAUCCACCAAUUCAGCAGUGUCCAAGUGGCCAUACCCUGUGCUUUGAUUGCAAAUCGAAAGUCAACAACAAGUGCCCGAUUUGCAGAAAGGAAAUUGGCAAUAUUAGAUGCUUGGCACUCGAAAAGCUUGCUGUUUCCCUCCACUUGCCAUGCACUUAUCACUAUCUCGGAUGUGAGGAGAUGUUCCCUUACUAUAGUAAACUGAAGCACGAGGCGCAGUGUGUUUUUAGGCCAUAUAGCUGCCCCCAUCCGGGCUCGGAUUGCUCGUUUACGGGUGACGUUCCGACUCUGUUGACUCACCUGAGAGAGAGUCAUAAGGUGGAUCUUCAAUCGGGCUGCACUUUUAACCAUCGGUAUGUGAAGCAGGACCCGUGUUCAGUUGAUAACGUGUCGUGGACACUAACUCUCUUCAACUGCUUUGGCCACUAUUUCUGCCUCCACUUUGAAGCCUUCCGGCUUGGAACCGAGCCGGUCUACAUGGCUUUCCUCCGCUUCAUGGGCGAGGAAUCUGAUGCUAGGAAAUUCGGGUAUUGUCUUGAGGUUGGUGGCAAUGGACGGAAGCUGACCUGGCAAGGUAUUCCACGGAGCAUCCGGGCUCACCACCGGAGCGUCCGCGACAGCCAUGAUGGCCUCAUAGUCCAGAGGAGCCUGGCCUUGUAUUUCUCGGGGGGAGACCGAAAGGAACUGAAGCUGAGAGUCACCGGGAGGAUAUGGAAAGACCUCUGAAACUGUUAAGAUGAGCAAGAAAAGAAAAGCCACGGCAACCGAACUUUUUUCUGCCUUCCCCACGUUCUUCAAAAUGAGAAUGGUGAAAUGUCUACUAGUUUUGGCACUGUUUGGCAGUCAGCGAAAAGAAAAUGUGAAAAGGUGUUUUGCAUGGGGCCUUUCAACAAAUCACAAUGCAUUUCAUGUGUGUGGGUCUUAACAUUUCAUUGUUUAUAGGUUGCCUGAUCAGACGGUGAUAAAGGAGCUGUGAUUUGUGGUGGUUGGAAUGGGUUCCACUUCAGGUGCAGCGAACUUCAGUGCUAUUGUGUUUUGUGGCUAUUAAUACCAAUAUCUGUAGUUUGGUCUGUAUUUUCAUGAGCUAAUGAGCCUCUCUCCUUGGGUUAUCAAUAUAAAAUACCAAUUACUCUCUCCAAA